UCAAAAAUCAGUAUGCCCGCCGCCUAUAUCCUGUCGGCGUACGUGUUAACCGUCAUUCCAUCGCGAUCGUCAAUCCCAAGUGAUCACCUGGCCGACCCAAGUGACCCACUACAGCCAGCAACACCUACCCCGAGGUCUUUCCAGGCGAAGACAAACGGCAAUGCAGACGACGUCAUCUCACCGACCCAGCCCAAUCUACCAAAUCAAGUACAGAUCAACCCUGUGGGUUCCGCAAACUUUUCUCGUCCUCCGCCACAUUAUCGUCAGCACAACGUUACGAUCAUCGAACUACGAGCUCGUCAUGAAGUGGAAGGUUUGACGGCACUUUGAAUGAUGCCGGUACGACUGUAGCUGAUAUCGGAGCGUUGGGCACUUUGCAACGAGACCAGAGAAUCGCUCGAUCUAGCUCGACUGGGUCAAAUAUUAUCGUAAUCGAAUGACGUCCGCACUCAGCUCAGACAACAAUACCUCAGAAGAGGACUACAUAUCAAAGAGCGACGCCUCAUCAAUCGUCCAGGCGAGCAACAUCACAAGGGGCGAUAUUUAUUGGGAGAAAGGCGAUUAGGCCGACACUGGUAUAGGCCUGUAAUGCAAAAAGACUAUCUAAUUAGUGACGGGAUAAGUAAGGAUGGGGCGGUUCGGACAUUUCCAAAAAAGCAACAGCGUAAGUCCUGUGGUGCUUCAAAGUGUUGAAAAACCAAUUGAUAGGAGCACGAGUUCGUCGAAAAACCAAAAAAAACGUAGCAAACAUAAUAGUAGCCGAUUGACGAACGUCGAGGAAGCUCGGGACAACGAAUCCGACGAGGACCUCACUCCAUAUGCUAAACUACUCAAGCAAUUAAAAUCUAACCAUGAGUGGCAAAAACAAAUUUCACUGGGUAAAAGAAUUGGCCUUUAUCGCAUCCAUGAAGAGCUUGGAUCAGGAAACUUUGCCCAAGUAAAGGCUGCGACACAUUGUCUUACUAAAGGAAAGGUAGCUAUCAAGAUUAUUGAUAAAGGUAAGCUAGACCAGAAGACCCACCGCAUGCUUACCAGAGAGAUUUCCACUAUGGAGGCGCUCCAUCAUCCAAAUGCUAUUCGAUUAUACGAGGUAGUGGAAACAUUAUCGAAGGUGUACCUUGUGAUGGAAUUCGCUGAAGGUGGUGAACUAUUCAAACGUAUUUCUUCGAAAGGCGCAUACCCAGAGCGUGACGCCAAGAUCAUUUUCACGCAGAUUUGCUCGGCGGUCGACCACAUGCAUAAGCAGAAUAUUGUUCAUCGCGACCUCAAGGCAGAAAACGUCUUUUUAGCUGGAAAUCUCUACGUUAAGGUAGGCGAUUAUGGUUUUAGUACCACGAUAAGCUUCAAGGAGCAACUCACGACGUUUUGUGGAUCGCCACCAUACGCUGCUCCGGAGUUGUUUAGAGAAGAAAAAUAUCCUGGCCCUUACGUUGAUAUCUGGGCGCUGGGGGUCAUGCUCUAUUUCAUUGUCAGUGCCCUAAUGCCGUUUACGGCGCCAACCGUUUCAGCGCUUAGAAAACUGAUACUUGAGGGUCAGUAUGAGGUACCAUCCUGUGUAUCGUCCGAAUGUCAAGACCUCAUUCAAGGUAUUCUGCAGAUGGUCCCGCAGGAUAGGUUGACCCUUGCGCAAAUCCAGUCUCAUAGAUUUCUCUAUGGAGUAAUCAUUCCAACGCCGCUUGACAAGUAUAACAUUUGCCCGCGAAUUGAAGAUCAGCCACCCGAUCAAAGUUCCUUGCAAGACCACGAUUUGGAGAUGAGAGCGACGGGCAGUGCAUCUGCAAUUACGAUUCCUCAGAGCAAAGAAGAGAUCAAGGUUCGAAAACAACUCAAUGAGUUUGGAAUUACCGAUAAAAUGAUGGCCGAAUGUCAAUAUAGCGGGGCCAAGAGCAUGGUUACGGGGACAUACAGAAUUCUUCUCCACCGACUUCAAUUAGCCGCCCAUAGUGACGAGUUGUACGGGGCCGUACCAGGGCAACUUAGACAUCCAUCACGAUUUCAUGUCUUGUCGGGGCGAAACAAGCCGAGACAGGACUUGCUAGGGCCAAGCAGUUACUCAGGUGACAACUUUACGUACACACAAAACAGGAUAAGGAGGUCCGGGCCCCUCUCGUCCGCAGAACCCGAGAUACAGUUGGAACGGCAAUCGGGUUUGACGAUUUCAAAAGCAUGUGCUGUUUUGUGAUAUGGUCGAAAUCGCUGGCCAAAAUGGGUCGAUGCCCAAUCUACCCCAAAUGCAGCGAGUCGCGCUCAGCUCGCAUAUUCGAAGCAUUGACACAAGUUAUGGAAUUGUAUAUUUUGUUAAACUACGAAUGGCAUAAAGGCACCAUCGGAUUCAACAAACGCCGGAUAUCUAAACCGUCCUUAUAGUUGAAUCUAGCGAACAGCAUAAUACAAAUUCUAAUUUAAUACAUCGUAUUUUCCUAUUAAACAUGUCAAGAUUCCGGAAAGAAGAAAAAGGAAAGUGGUAUCUUAAUAUGUAUUCUUUGUUUCCAUCUGUCUCCUUCUUGGUGAUGCUUGUUAUUCGGGAUACCGCUUCAAAGGGUAAAAUGUCGGAGUUAAUAUUAUAAAAUAUUAGUUAUUAAAAAAUCGUUUUGGAAUAUUCAGACAAUACUUGAUGUACUUAAUCGAUGAUUCGUCGAAUCUGUUAUUAUUAACCACCAAAUAAUUAAAGAUAAUCUAUUUGAAUAUAGAUGGCAUUAUUAAUUUUCUUUGAACUGACGUACUUUCGUCUGAUUUGACGCAGCGGAAAGCCAUCGCCCUAUGCUAAAUUCAAAGCUGUUAUUAGACUUUGAGGAAUAUGCUUUAAAAGGCCAAAAAUCCUGAUUUGAGUCAGGUAUGAUUUCAGCACAAGCAUUAUGACCUGUAUGUCACUAUUAGGUAAACUACAGA